AUGCCGCCCCUCCGCUGCGCCAAUGCGCCCGCACCAGCGAGCCUCUUCGUCCAAUUGAGCAUGCGCCGAACCGCCCCGUCCCCUAUUCUGGCCGAUAUCCUGCUCCCGCUGCGUGCGCGCGCUCACCACAGCGUCGCCAGGAGAAUAGCGACUGUUCCAACUACCACUCCGGUUUCCAAGACACCAUGGCGCGCCAGACAAUCCCUAUCUCCAAGCCAGUUCAACAUGCGCCUGUUCACUACCACAGCCCCGAGCAAGGCCACACACACGUUAUUCAACCCCCAGAACGACGAGGAUGGGAACGAGAUGCGCCUUUCAGAAAUCAUGACCAAAGACUCCAACCCUUACCUUGCGCUGCGCAUUCAAGUCGAGUCCGGCGGCUGCCACGGUUUUCAAUACCUCAUGAAACUGGUCACCCUCCCAGAGCAACUUCCCGAGUUGCCUCUUGCCGAAGAGGCCGCGGAGGAAUCAGAGAUUCGUGAAGACGAUACGAUAUUCAGCUAUUACCCUGAUGACAGCCCAGCGCCGUCCUCCCCCGAUCUGACGCUACCGAAGAUCAUUUUGGAUGGGCCCUCGUUGGAGUUGCUCAAGGGCAGCAAGGUCGACUUCACCAUGGAGUUGAUCGGUUCCCAGUUCAAGAUUGUCGAUAACCCGUUGGCGACAAGUAGCUGUGGUUGUGGUACGAGUUUUGAUAUCAAGAUCUGA